AUGCAUUUUGAAAGCUUCCUAAACCCAGCCGAGAAACUCCUAGCUCCUUUCUCUCGUCAAGAAAACAAACGUUUACGAAAUGCCACCAAAGCACUCUUUGUCCUCGCAGCCCUGAUGCUCGCCGGGUUUAUCCUCAUCAUAUACCUAACCAUCCAACUCGGCAAGGAGCGCCAAUUCCUCCUGUAUCUCGAACAGCAGAAAAUCUCCGUCGAGAACUACGACGCAACCCCAUCGCCAAAAAGAGGAAUCCUCUGGACCCUAGGAGCAAUCCUCUGGACCGGAAAUCAAAUUUUUGCCCUCUACGGUCUCGCGUCUAGCUGCAGUGAGUUCAGCAAUAGUGCUGGUAAUGCCGCAUUAUGCAUCUGGGGCGCCAUGUCCACCGCCGCGACUUUCAUCGGGGCUGGAUACACCUCCGCCAAGGGCUUGAAAGCCGUCGCGGAGAAGAUCAACUGGUAUGGGACGCAGCCUGCUUGGAAGCGAGAGGACUGCCUUGCUGUCCUGGAAGCGGAUGUCGCAGAGCUUAGUGACCAUCUCAGUCACGCCCUCCAGGUGCCCGUCACACACGAUGGGUUUAUGAGACAUGACCAUCCCAGAUUACGUGGUCUGAAUCUGACCGAGGGUGCGCUGUGGCCUGUUUUUCAUUUCUAUAACCACCAGGAUACGGGGAUGCACAUGACGGUAACAGGCACUCACGACACACAUAUGGUGAUGUCAUUCGGGUUUGGCCAUAAAAGUGACAACGGUAGCGAUAUCCACAAGAGGGAGGCGUAUAACGACGAGAGGUUUUCGAAUGGUGGUCUUGAUUUCACGAGCUGCUGGGAGGAUGAAGCUUCUCAUUACACGCUCAACACUGGCUCUGAUUACCAGCAGAUGGACCGUGAUAUGCAGUGCUACUAUCCGGAUUUGUCGUCGACUUGGGGAGCGGAGGUGCAGAUUUAUGACGAUUCGAAGCAUGUUACUGUUGGUUCUGGGUCGAUUGCUGCGUUCCGGGGGAGUGAUCAUGCUAGUAGUAUUAGUGUCAUGCCUGGUUGUCCUUCGGGGGUUGAUACUAAAGCUAGCUGCAAGGCAGCUUAG